AUGGAUUCGGAAAUCGCCAUCAACCCACGAUCAUAUCUCUGUCAGGACUCAGAAGCGUCGUCAAUCGAUUGCAGUGGCGAGGAGAAGAAGGCGGCGAAGGAAGGAGAUUCGUUCAGUAGAAUAUUCCCAAAGAAGAAGAUGGGUCUCGAGAAGUGGCUGGCUUUGCUUUACCCAAGAGUACAGGGAGGAGGAGGAAGAAGAGAGGAAGAGUGUUGCACCGUGUGUCUCAUGAGAAUGGAGGAAGAGGAUAAAAUCACGUCCUUACCUUGUUCCCAUGAGUUUCAUAGUCUCUGUGUUGACACGUGGUUCGAUGUCAGCCGCAAGAUCUGCUGUCCACUUUGCCGGUUUUCACCAGCUACCAUCCUCCUCACCGAUGAACUUUUCAUGUGGUUCUCUUCUUUCCAUUUCUGA